UUUCUUUCUCUAAAAAUCUUUCAUUUCUAUACGAAUCAAAUUGUAUGAAUUUAAAUGAAAUUGCCACCCUCAUGAGAUUGGGUUGGUGUAAAACGAAUCAUGCAUCACACGGUCAUGGAGAUUCAGAACUCCAAUACACAUUGGAGUUGCAAAUGCCCGUGAAGCGACGCAACUAAUGAUGCCAUAGGACAUAUGACAAAGCCAGCAUGGCGGUUGUAGUACGUCCGGAUUUCAUUCACACAUUAAUGAUAUAGAGAAGAUACUUUUUAAACGGCCACAAAGUAAGUUCUUCACUAAAUGUCAUACCUGCUCAGUAUGCGAUUUCGGAUGUAGUGAAAAUGUCAAACAGUGACGGAAAAUGUGUUACUUUUUAAUUCAUUUGAGUGAAGAGCGAUUUAUUUUUAAAGUUAUGGACUGAAAAGUCCAUCAAGGACAAACUGUAAGGUCAUGAACGUAUAAAUGAUGUGCAAGGUCACAAGUUGUGUUUGGCAAUGAUAUUGACAUUGCAAAUAUGCAAAGGGAAUGUUAGCCUGGGGUUUAGGAAUGUGCGGUACCACAUCCAGAAACCAUGGUAAUACUAUGUAACUUUUUGUAAGGGUUUAUUCAGUUUAUUUAUUUUCAUAACUCUGUUCACAUUUCUCAUAUGUCCAUCCCACAAUUUAAUAUUAUAACCUUAGAAAGAUUUGGUGACAUAUCAUAUUCCUCAUGCGAUUCUCACAUCAUUUUCAUAUAAUACAUCUUCCAACAUGAUGCAUGGACCUCCUUAGCAUUGUUUCAAACUGCAUCCCCAUGUUUGCUGAUUUGAUUGGUCCUUUCUCACUGUUCUCCUGGCUUGCAUGAGGACCUUGCAGUGGGACACUGACCCCUCUGUUCUUCAGCUGCAGGCUGACUCUGAGCUCGGUCGUCGAACGCACAGAUUGGGACCUUCUAAGAUAACUCAGGUGGAUUUCCUGCCCAGAGAGGUGGUGUCCUACUGUAAAGAGACUCAGACACCGCUAGCAGCUCAUCAGUCUGAAGAAGAUGAAGAGGAGGAUGAAGAGGUCACAGAACUGAAAGCUGGCCCAGAAAAUGACCUGCAGGAGGAGGAAGAAAGCAAGGACACAAAGGAAGGCCACCCGCGGGAGCUGACGGAGGAAGAGAAACAGCAGGUUUUGCACUCGGAGGAGUUCCUCAUCUUCUUCGACCGCAGUAUUCGUGUGAUGGAAAGAGCUUUAGCUGAGGACUCCAACAUCUUCUUCGACUACAGCGGACGAGACCUGGAGGAUAAAGAGGGAGAUCUGCAGGGUGGCUCCAGUCUCUCUCUCAAUCGUCUGUUCUAUGAUGAGCACUGGUCAAAGCAUCGGGUCAUCACCUGUCUGGACUGGUCCCCUCAGUACCCUGAGCUCUUGGUGGCUUCCUACAACAACAAUGAAGACGCUCCUCAUGAGCCAGACGGUGUGGCUUUGGUGUGGAAUAUGAAAUUCAAGAAGACCACACCAGAGUACAUCUACCACUGCCAGUCUCCAGUGGUGUCCGUGGGUUUUGCUCGGUUUCAUCCUAACCUGUUGGUGGGUGGCACGUACUCGGGGCAGAUUGUUCUCUGGGACAACCGAAGUCACAGAAGAACGCCGGUUCAGAGGACCCCCCUGUCUGCUGCAGCACACACACACCCUGUCUACUGCGUCAAUGUGGUCGGCACUCAGAAUGCCAACAACCUGAUCACUGUGUCCACAGACGGCCGGAUGUGCUCCUGGAGCCUGGAUAUGCUGUCACAGCCUCAGGAGAGCAUGGAGCUAGUUUAUAACAAGUCUAAGCCGGUGGCUGUGACUGGGAUGGCCUUCCCCACUGGAGACGUCAAUAAUUAUAUAGUUGGCAGUGAGGAGGGAACAGUGUAUACAGCGUCCAGACACGGCAGUAAAGCUGGCAUCUGUGAGAUGUUUGAGGGCCAUCAGGGGCCAGUGACAGGCAUCAGUUGUCACAGUGCUGUGGGCCCUGUCGAUUUCUCCCACCUCUUUGUCACCUCUUCUUUUGACUGGACUGUAAAAUUGUGGAGCACAAAGCAAAACAAGCCGCUGUACUCCUUUGAGGAUAACGCAGAUUACGUCUACGAUGUUAUGUGGUCCCCUGUGCACCCCUCGCUCUUCGCCGCCGUGGACGGCAUGGGUCGUCUGGAUCUAUGGAACUUGAACAACGACACUGAGGUGCCCACUGCUAGUGUGACAAUAGAAGGAGCUCCUGCUCUGAACCGCGUCAGAUGGGCCUCUGGGGGCAAAGAGGUCGCCGUGGGAGACUCAGAGGGACGUGUGUGGAUAUACGACGUUGGAGAGCUGGCCGUGCCCCACAGUGAGGAUUGGGCCCGCUUCGGCCGCACGCUGAUGGAGAUCCGUGCCAACCGUGGGGACGGAGAGGAGGAGGGGCCUGUGGAGCUGGCCACGUAAACACGGGAUCAGAGUCAUCACCAACCCAGACUGAGCCUAAUGUAACACACCCAAUUAGCAAUGUCCACUAGUACUGUGCUGUUUACUCCAAUAAAAGGGUCCAUUUAUCCAGAUAAUGAAAAUUUGGUUAGUAGGGAUGGGUAAAAAUAUCACAUGAUUUUUUCCUCCAAACCACUUAAACCACAUCAAUUCUGUUGGUCAACUCAAUCAUGCAGUCACCUGUCAAGAAAAGUUCAGAAAUAUCUUCAGUGGAUCAGAUCAAUACAAACAGUGGGCCUAUGCUGUCAGGAUGAGCUACCAAGGCUAUACUGAGCUUAGGGUUUGGUUGGGGUCAAGGGUUAGUAGGUGGUUUAACGUUGUGUAGGUAGUCUGAACUGUGAUUUACAUGACCAGUACAGUCUUUAGAAUCAGCUAAAGGUGAGGGUUUGUGCUUAACUGGUUUAGAGGACAAAUCAUGAAUAAAUAUAGAUUUUCUUAUUUACUCCCUGCUGAAAAAAAAAAACAAUAGAACCCCGCCCAAAACACAAUAGAAAAUGUAAUGGUUUUAAUGCUUAUAAUGGAAAUUGUAUUGGUUUUAAUGGAAACUAUAAUGGUGUCUACUGGUAUGUGAUGGAUUCUAUUGGUGGGAUGUUAAAUCCUAUUGGAAAAAUGCCAAAAACACACUACAAAAAUGAAUUUUGAAAUGGUUUUACUGGAAAAAGCUAAUGGUUUAUAAUGAUAUUUUAAUGGAAACCAUUGGAAUUUCUGUGAUGGUUUCUAUUGGGCUUCUAUUGUUUUUUUUUUAGCAGGGCUGACAACUCCUUUCCUGAUUAAUUUCCCGAAAUUAAUCGUUUACUCUGGCUGCGUCUGAAAUCGCAUACUCUCUGAAGUAGGCCUACUUUGUUUAAGAAAUGUUCUGUAGAGGAUGAAUGUGUGUAGUACGAAUUUAAUCAAAACAUACUACAUUUGUAGUUUAAGAGCAGCACGGCCAUUUGUAAAUUUUAUGGGUCUGGCUCCGCUUUCAGCUCCGUGUGCUGCUUGAUAUUGCAGACCGUCUUACCAUAAUUAUGAACACAAUGGUUUGUAGUGCAAACAGUUUUACUUCAUAAUUUCCCUAUAGCGGCUAAUGAACCGGAAGUCUCGCAGAUUUACUUCCACUGAUCUAUAAUAAAAUAGCCUAUAGUAAUUUAUGUAGAUCAGUCAGUGCUUGUUAAAAUGUAAUCCGGGAACUUUUUCUCCUAUUGUUUUAUGAAUACUGUGAAUUCGGGCAUACUACUUUUUCACAGUUUUGCGAUUUCGGAUGCAGCCUCUAUUUCAGUGACGGCGUGACAAUGUAUUUGCACUGUGCUGUACGCGUCGCUAAACUAAUUUACAUAAACGCACAGUUUGGGCCAUGUUAUUUUUUAUUUAUUUAUAUUUUUCGUAAUGUGCAGGCUAAUGUACGAAGAUUAUCUGUAUCACGUGUUUCUUGCGCCGCUUUCCAGCAGCUGGUCUUCAGCGCCACAGCAAAUGAAUCAUAUUGUGAAUGUGAGUUGGCAGGGUCUGUGUGACUGUGAUGACUGUACAGCAAAUUAAUAAGAAACGUAUUGAGUGGUACUCGAGGAAUGCAUGUAAAAUAAACAUACACGACCAAUGUUGUCUAAAUCACGAAAGUACAUUUAUGAGCUGAAUAUUUUUGAUUCACUGAAAAGAAUGACUUGUUUGGGCCCGUUCAUAAAUUAUAGGCCUAUUAUAAUUUAUAGAAUUAGCGAAGAGUGUAUAUCAUGUCAUCAACAUAGACGUUGUAACUUUCUUUUACUCACCGCUGUCAUUCCAUAAUGAACGUGAAUAAUAAACACAGGCUUUUUAUGGGAAAGAGCCAUUUUGUGUCCUACACAAAGUCAAAUAGGUUUGGAAUGAAAUGAAGUUGAUUAAAUGACAGAAUUGUCCUAUUUAGGUGAACUGUACCUUAAAUGUUGUACUCUUGGGUUUGUUACUAAGCAUUAAAAUUAGGUUUCAUUUCUGUGCGCUUUAUGUACAGUUUUGUUGUGCGAGAGUUCAUUGUUUUUACGUUCCGUCUCAUUACCUUGAUUACAAUUACUGCUAAAUCAGUAACAUUUUUUAAAAUGUGCAUUUAAAAAAUGUGAAUUUGAGAAGAAAAAAAACGCUGCUAGAAAGGCAUCUUCGAUGUUGGUUCGUCGUCAUUUUAGCAUACUUGAAUAGUGUGUGUGUGUAUAUAUUUUUGUACUGAGCCCCUGCAUGAAGCAUUGACAAAUUAAGUUAUAUACAAGUUGGUGACUGUGUCAACAAUAUUCAAUAUUCAUUCGUCAGUGUUACAGCGAUGCAAGCAGGUAUUGUGUGCUUACUAAAGAUGUUUCACUUGUUAAAAAUAAUGUUACUGAAAACCAUAAGAGGUGUGUGGCUAAAUAAAACAAGUAUUGCAAAUAAAAGAUGCUUCUAGCAAACGUUUUUGUUUGAUCUCCUUUUAAUAAAUCUGUCUGUCCAUCAGUGCAUCUAUUGCUGCCAUACUUACAGUAAGGCACAAUCUUUACACACUAUAUGUACAAUCGACUCUACUGUACAGCUCAAUUUAGUCUUCACAUCAUUUUUCAAGGGGUUGACAAAUACAGUACUGACAAAUAUCAUCUGUAAAACCUUACUGCCAA